CACACACACACAUUAUUUCAACAAAAAAUAUGUUCAAUGUCAUAUAAACACAAGACAAUAUAUAUAUACAAAAUGGGUGCAUCGUCACACAAAUGGUUGAGAACUAUUCGGAGGAAGUUCCUUAGAUCAUUCAACAAAGACAACAUCAUCACUACUCUACCUUACACAAGAAGAAACCAACUCGAAGAAAAUGAUAAUGAAGCCACCAUAGGAAGCAACAAUGAAGAAGAAACCACCACCAUAGCUAAGGAAGAUCUUGCGGCAAUCAAGAUCCAAGCUUAUUUUAGGGGUCAUCUUGCAAGAAGAGCAUAUGGAGGUCUUAGAAGCAUUGUGAAGGUGCAAGCAUUGGUGCGUGGUGUUUUUGUGAGGAAACAAUCACAUAUUGCUAUGCAAUGUAUGCAUGCAAUUCUUCGUUUACAACUUAGGGUUCGUGCAAGGCACCUCCACCUCCAUGGAACCUUUCAUAAUUAUUAACAAGGGAAAGUAUUAUUUUGUUCCUCCUGUUCGGGUAGAAUUCUAAUUUGGUACCUAAUAUUUUAAACAUUCUAUUUCAAUCUUAAAAAUUUUUAAAUGUCCUAUUAUAAUUUUAAAAUAAUUCUAAACGGAUUUAAUAUUGUCCCACUAUUAAACUUGGUACAAAUAAUUUGCAUAUUGAAGAACCAAUAGCAUUUGAUUUAGUAUAUAAGUAAAAUUGAUCUACCAACGAUUACUAAUAUAAUUUUUUUUUUAUUUUGAAGUGUUGAUGAUUGAUUGUUAGGAUUUGGAAUUUUGUACAAA